AUGCAACAUGCUAGACUAACGAGCUCGUCAACCAAUAACUCAAAUACCAACAAUUCACAAGCUACGCAAUCCAAUUUGCUUCUGGGCCGCAUGAGUGCCAACCAAUCAAGUAUAACAGUGGGCUUGAAACGUGCCGUACCAGCCAACCAACUACUGAUCAAUAAAUCAUCUGGAGCGUCAAUAACAGUGAGUCGACAGAAUAAUCAUAAUAUUGAGCCAGCAAAACGGCAUGAUCUUGCUUUAAAGAGGAUAGGCAGCAACACCGAAGAACCCAAGGCAGUGAUUCAAUUGAAUCUUUGGUUUCAUGAGCUUCGUACAACACAUGAGGAUAUACUACUUGAUUCCAAUACGUUUCCUGGUGGCGUUGCACCUGGCCAGGUAUAUGAACUACAGAGCAUCGAGUCAAAUGCACCUAAGAAACUAGUGUUUAAAUUAGGUCCAAGAAAUAUACGAGAGCACCAAGAAACGCCUGAAUUGAAACCCUUAGACUCCAGACUGAAACAACCACAACAACAACAGCAAUCGCAAUCGCAAUCGCACUCACAAAUAUCAUUACAAUCAAAUCCAUUCCAGAGGUUACUAGAUAUAGCUCCGAGAAGUGCGGUACAAGUACGACGUGUUACCAAUUUGGAUGCAGUUGUUGUCGACUCCAUGGAAAUAUUCAUUAAGGAUGUAAACUUGUCAAGAGAUGCUAUGUGGCAAUUUUCAUCUUCAUUGGUUGGUAACUGCUGCUACACCGACCAAAGGCUUUCUUUUCUUAAUAACAGAACCGGAACCGUGCGAUACAUGUACAAAAACGGCAAGAAGGUGUUCUCCGGCUACAUCAACAAAGAAACAAAGAUCAUUUAUAGAAGCAAAAGCGCCAAACUUACAGUGCUUAUCCAGCUAUCACGAGAAAUGUGGAACUUUGAAGAGAAUGGGGAGAUCAUGUUUCAUAAGUUGGUAAACAAUUUGUUCCCAAAGAUUUUUCGACGUUGGCGAGACAAGGGAACCCAUCACUCAAUAACAAUCGUAUUGUUCACCAGCGUGGAUCUCACGAAUGUUCCAUGGACAAACCUUCUACCUGGUGAACGCCCGUCCCAACGCCGCGACUAUUUUAGAGUCGUCGUGGACCAAGUUAAUAUUGUCCAUUGGGACCGUAUCAUGGCAAAUUUGAGACUCGAAUUUGCAAAUUUUAAACGUGAUUGUAUGCUAAACCAUGGACAAGAUUCCAACUAUGUUUUGGAGGGACAAAUGUUGCCCUCGGUCAAGGGAAACGCCCUCGAAGCUGUAAAUGUUGGGUUGGUCCUGUUAAGUGACCGGUUUAGAAAUACAGAUCUAAAGCAUUCACUUAAUCAUUUUAUACUAAUCACACCCGGUACAGGUUUGUUUGACGUUGAUUACAACUUACUCCUCGAGACAAGUAAGAAAAUGUCGAGUAUAGACUCUAGCCUUGAUAUUGUGUGCUUGAGUCAGCCACCUUUACAUGUAACACCAUUAUUCCGAUUUAUCAGGGAUGGAAAAGUUAGCUAUUGUGUGCCUAUAUGGUGUGAUAUCUCUUUUUUCAAGGAGAAACUGGAUGGGGUUUCGCAAUGGAUCCCAAGAUGCAAGAUUUACGAAUUGCAAAUGAUGGGCGUUAUGGAAAAUGAGGCCAGCGAUGCACGUAUAUCACGAUUAUAUUUGAAAUCACAUGGUGAUUCAUUGAUUGAUUCGAUGGAAAAAUAUGAUGAGUCGAUUUUUCUGCCUAUUCAGAGGAAGAAAGAAGCGCCAAAUUUGGAGUUCAAUAUCCCCGAACCAAAGUUCAAGGCACCAUCUGUAAGAGAUUCAAAGGCGACGCUAUCCUUAAUAUUCAAUGACAAAACUUCAUUACUUCCAGCAAAUAACUUGACAACUAACUCGGCUGCAGUAGGGACCGUGGCUCACCCCAUCGGUGAAAUUUCUGCAUUAUCAAGAUUAUACAAUAUCAACAAGUACAGUGAAGAAAAGGCACCAACAUCAACACCAUCACCAGCAUCACUGUUGAAAAGUGUUCCAAGGUCAAUUCAAGGUGGCCAUAUUGAAACUUACCACAAAGACUCGCAAUCUCCUAGAAUCAUUAAAGCAGAUACCCUAUUUUCCAAAAAAGCGGAAAAUCCUCGUAAGCAGCACAAUGAACUGAAACCAGCUCCUAGAGAGAAACUUGCUUCGGUUACAGAAACUGAAGAGACAUCUCAAUAUAAUUCCCUAUGGAUUGAGAUUUGCAACCCUUCAAGAGAAAUUACAAAUAAUGUUCUUCAAAAGUCACACGUUAGCAGAUGGAGUAAUCUAUUUCCAGACAAAAUCCAGCGUAAAUUGAUAAAAUGGAGAUCAUUCCAAGCACCAGCAGCAUUACCAAUCACGACAGGAGUGUUUCCUAGCCAGAAGCAGCUUCAACUGGAUUACACAUUCCAAAACUACUCGGUGUACUUGAACACUGAAAAUUACUUAGAGUUGAAAACAACUCCAGAGCUUAUGAGGGAAAUGAUUCAAUUGCGAUUGAUGCUGGGGUUUCAAAUUUGUUACGGCGAUCGAGUGAGUAAAGCAGAGGUCGAGAGAAAACCAGCCGGGAACGCCGAAUCCAUUAUCAAGUAUUUCCCGGACGAUAAUUACCUCGGUUCGAGGAUAUACAUGUCCAUGGAUGAUGAAAUCCAUCGUAUAUUUUGUGACUACAAUGGUAACUUGAACGUUCAGCUAUAUCGCAAAACCAUCAAAGAUGAGGAAAAGAAAAUAACUUUAGGGCAACGCAUUAGUCAACCUUAUUUCCCGUUGAUUAGAACAAGAUAUGCCGAUGAUUACUCCCCAUCGCAAGUGGAUGCAAUUGCCAAGUUCCCACAAAAGUAUAAUUGGAAUCAGUUUGACCAGUUUUUAGCUGGGUUUGAUGACGCAUUGGCGGACGACAAGAAGGAAUUUCACAAGAUGAAGUUUGUGGUGAUGCCUACUGAAAUCCCCAAGAAUGCAUACUAUUUGAGUAAUGAGCAUUUGAAUGCCGAGGAAAUAAGAGUUGAAGGUUUAAGGAAAUUGAUAGCGGUUAUCGAAAAGGGCAAGUAUCAAAAAGACCCAUCCAAACCGAAAACUGCAGAUCGCUUCUCCGACGUUAAUUUCUACACUGGUAACCUUUAUGACUUUUUAUCUAACGAAGUCGAAAAUUACGAUCUAACUGGGAACCAGCCAACAUUGAUGAUUCCCGAACAUAUGCGCUUCAACAGGAGUAUCAAGUUUUCCGAAUUGGCGCUGGAGUUGCAAAAUCCACAAUCAGGAUUGAAACUUGUAGACAGAACAUGGCAUUUCAAGAAGCAUUUGCUGUGUUUUAUUGGAAGUGAGCUUGUGACAUGGAUUGUUGAUUGCUUUGAAGAUAUCGACACACGAGAAGCAGCAGUGAAUUAUGGACAGGGUCUUUUGAGCAAAGGGCUAUUCAAGCACGUAGAACUGAGGCAUGGCUUCAUUGAUGGUUAUUACUUUUACGAAUUUGAAGAGGAGUAUUUUGAAAAAACAGACAAGAUUAAUCGAGGUUCUUGGUUUAGCUCUAGCACCAGGAAAGAGGGCUCGGUUACGUCAAAAUCUACCUCCUCGCCAAAAAUACAAGGACAGGAGGGUCUUGUCAAAGUUACCUCUUCCCAGAAUAUUGGUUCAGAAGCAUCCUCUAUGGCUGACUCGACAGGAAAGAGGACUAAGAAAUUCAUCUUGAGUAAAGCGAUAAAGUUUGAUGUUGAUCCAUUGAAAAAAUCCUACAGGCCAGAGUUAAUCACUGUGCAUUAUGAUCGUGUUCAUAAUCCUGAUCAUUGCUACCACAUCCGACUUCAAUGGCUAACGACCACCAACAAGUUCAUCGAGGAUACAAUCAUGGCGUGGUCUAGGCUAUGCGAAAGGCACGGCUUAAAGUUGGUUGAGACGCCCUGGAAGGAAUUGUGCAUGAUACCAAAAUUGAGCCCAUUCCACUCAUUUGUUGAAAUUAAAUUGUCGGUGAAUCCCCUCACUGACGAAGAAUUUGCUGAUUCACGUAUCAUAAACUCAAACAGGUACUACUACCAUUUGUAUUUUUUGAAAAAGAUGAAUUUCUUGCUUGACAAUAGGGCAACCUCGUUUUUCCUGCGGGACAACAUCGAUAUAACUUACAGCUGGGGUAGACCCACUUUCCAGUAUGCGCAAUUCAUACACAUGACUGGGUUCUAUAUUGUUGAAUUGAGGGAUAGUGGCGAUUUCUUCUUGGCGCCUAACAACAUGCAUGUUACUCGGGUUAACUCUUCAAUCUCUCCCUCGGGAGAUUAUGAGUCUAGUUCGAGAACUACCCAUUUGGACUCACAAAAAGUCAUGUUGAACUUUAGAGCGGCCUGUCAAAAUGUUGGGUUUCUCAGAGAGGUAUUUCGUGAAGCCAAGUCAAGCUGGAAAGAGCAGUCUAUAUCACAAAUUACGUAG